UCCGCCCGGGCCGCGCCGCGGGAGCCUCGGUGUGUGGCGGGACUGUUGGGCAUAAUCCAGGCAAGAAAGCAGCCUGGGCUGUGAGGGAUCUGUCUACAAAGGUUUGAAACCGUGCUUGCACAAAGCAUAAUUUAGUCUAAAAAAAAAACAACACCAAAACUUAGCAACUGUUACAGUUUUUAUGACUGAAGCAGGAAAAAAGUUAGUGUUAAUGUAUUGAGGUGCAUCCUGCCAUUGUGGCUGAUGGGGAGAAUCAUAGAAUACCAGGUUGGAAAGGACUCGAGGAUUGUCUGGUCCAUCCCUUCUUGGUCAAAGCACAGUCUAUACAAUAUGGCCCAGGACUCUGUCCAGCUGAAUCUUAAAAGUGUGUGGUCUCGGGGAGGUGUAGUGCAGCAAUUCCUGCGGUUCCCCCAUGGACUGCCAGCUGCCCACCUGUCCAGGUGGAGUGUUCCACAUCCCGUGUGCUUGGCAAGCACCAUUUGAUCACAUAAAAAAAGAGAGAGGACUGGUUUUCAGCAUGGUCUGUCCUUCACCACACUGGUGUGGACAUAAACUGAGGGUGGAAUUUUCUCCUUGCAGUGUUGCUAAUCUUAAAGGAUCUGUUAGGCAGCCCGAAUGAGAGCGCUCAGUCUCCAACGUGAGCGGGAGGAACUUGGGAAGUUCUUGGCUCAGCUUCACGUGUGGAUCAAGCAAUAGUCUUCACACAAUCAUCCCCUUCGAAGUGCCAUCCUCCUACUGUAACCAGCCUGGCCUUUUCAAUUAGAUCUAGACUACCAGAUCUGCCAAUGGGUCAUUAACUCCGAAGAGGUCAUUUGGGUUUAGUAUAACCAUUUUCUGGUUUUUAGCUCUAUUAUCAAGGAGGUUUUCUCCCAGAAUUGGUUUUCAUCCAAGCUCUUGGCUUUUUAGCAUGUUUUUCUUAAAUAAUUUUGUCAAACAAAUCACCACCUCCAGUCUUCAGCAGAAUGUAAGAAUACCACCACUUAUUACACUAGGAAACACAAAUUAUUGUAUACUUACAUGCAUCAUUGUUUUUAUUAAGCACUCAGUAUGUGUUCAGUGCAAUAUAAACAUUAAACAAGAUUAUUCUUCCCGUGGUGAAUUUAGAGUCUGAAAGAGCUUCACAGGAAGGAGUAGUAAUAACAUAUCAUUAAAACGCCACCUUUAAUUUAAUCCCUUUUUGUUUCCCUGUGGUUAAUACUCAUUUGCAGUUGAUCAUGACUGGUGUAUCCUGAGAUGUCACGCAGUGCUGGUUGAUGAUAUUACAGCCCCCAGUUGUCCACUCCACCCCUCCACAGGAGGGUCUUGUUCGACGGGAGAGGAAGCAGAGCCCAUGUGUUCGUGUUUCAGCAGCUGCAGUACAAAGCCCCGCGUAGCUGAAACCCACCACCGAUGGGGCUCUGCGCUAAGACCAUGGUGGUUGUAUCCAAGCACAGGUUCCUUCUGCCACCUCGGCUUCCUGUAAAGACAGCUGGGAACACCAGUGUCUUCAACAGCUGCAGCAAGAUUCUCUGAAGUUCAUCUGUGAAAGCCCUGAGGGAAGAGACAUUGCAAGAUGCUAAUGGAACAAUUGCAAAUGUGCAUCCAAUUGUCACUGUCUGUUGGAUUUCGGUGCCUAAUUCACUUCCAUAUCUUUAUAGGAGCAUAAUUUUAGGUUUGAAUUCUGUAAUCAAUGUUGGUGUGGGGUUUUUAAUGUAUUUGCUUGUUUUUUUAAGAGACUGAAUCUUUCCUGGGCAAAGCACAUCAUAUGGCUUGGGCCAUAAAAGGAACUGAUGCUCCCCAAGGGAAGCAGGACUCUUGAACUGAAGGAGUUGGCAGGUUAGGAUUUGGCUAUGGCAGUGCAGUUCCUGUGGAAGGCAUCUGUGUGGUUAAAGAAGCACAAGAUCCCUCUGUUGGCCGUUUCUUGCGUGGGACUGUUUGGCGCGAACCUUUCCUACCAUGUGUUCCCUGAGCAGACGUUCAAGCUGCUGCAUGAGUGUUGGUCAGAGGGGCAGCCAGCUGACCUGUCACAGAGGCUCUGUGGUGUCUUUCAGGAUGUCCUUCAAGAUACUGGUGUCAAGUCUACUGACUCCUUUCGAGCCUUUGCAGCUUCUGGCUUCCACCCCGUGAGCGCUGGAAUGCCCUGGCUGCCCGCAGGCUCUUGGGUGGGCAUCCCACUGAACUUCGAGAGCACAGCUGAGGAUAAGAAAGGAAUAGUCAACCACGUUGUUGUGAUCAAUGGCAAGGAAGUGGACUGGAAGAGCAAUGAAGGGAUUGCUUUAACAGAAGCUCUGACAUUUUCACUUGAAGCUCAGAAGUUUGCAAUUGCCAGAGAGGUUGUGUAUUUGCAGAACAGCAGCCCUGUAGCAAGUGCAAUUGUGGCUCCAGCUUGUUUAGCUGGUACGUUUCUUUGUGGGAAAGGUUUAAAGCUAUUUCUGGGUUUAUCUCCUGGCCCCAUGAUACUUCGCAGCAUCUGUAACCUCACAGCUGCUGCUGCUGGAUUAAUGUACUAUUACGUUUCUUAUGACGCUAUGAUCUAUCACCUGGACUGCAAGGCUGACAGAAAGGCAGCUACUGUUUCCAAAAGCUAUGCCAGAGGUGGGGUUGAAUUUUAUGAUAAAAUCUUGUCCCGCAACAGGAUACUUCGUGGUCUGAUGGGCAAACAAGGGAUGAAAAUGUAUGCCCCAAGUGGUAACCUUUUCCCUAGGCACUGGUUCAGAAUAAAGUAUACCCCAUACACUUACCGAAGAGAUUUGUUAGUUAAUAUUUUAAGAGAGCUCCAGGCACAGGAAGGGAGUGCUUGAAUUUUAAACUUGUGAAUUAUGUAUUCUCUUGAAACACUGCUGUGCUGCUUUUUUUUUUUUUUUCCUCUGUAUCUUCUUCAGAAUUUUGGGGUUUAUUUUUGCAUAUAGUUUGGAAAGAGUUAUUGCAUUUUCUGUGAAUAGAGAAUUCUCUCUUAAAAUAUUAAAGACUCACUUCAAAA